AUGUCCGAAGAGACAGGAAUGUACGGCGAGUUUGGCCAGGGCAGCGGGAGCAAGCGCAAGCGUACGAUGGAAUGGGCCAUGGAGGUGCCUGAGGCAGAUGUGCGUCUACUCAUCGAGUCACAGUCGAGUCCACACGAGAGACAGCAUGAAGAUGUUCACGACCACGACGACCAUGGCAGCCACACACCCAAGCGGAGCCGUCCAUCGCCAUCGCCCAAGCAGCAGCCUCGCAGCAUACGCCGCAAAGACGCCCGCUACGGCCUGUCAUCGCUAAACAAGCGCCAGGCAGAGCCUGUCGACGUCCACAUCUCGGACAAUACACGCCCAUCCCGCUUCCAAGAAGGCAGCAUGUCGGACAAGCCCAGCGCCCAGCCGCCCAGUGUCUUUACUCGCGACUACUCAAACCAUGGCCAGCCCGCUUUGGCCAACGUCGACGAUCUGAUGACCCAAUACCACCAAGAGAACUCGACCCCGGCAGUUUAUAACACCCUCAGACCUGCCGUCAACCAUCCUCUCCAGGAUGAGUCGGUCGACCUCCGUCCAACUCCACCUUUCAGUGCCCCUACCUUCGACUCGAUUCCUCCCUCGACGACAGCAUCUGUCAAGCCCGCUGGCGGUCUCUUCCGCUUCGGCAAGAUGUUCGCAUCAACCUUCAACCCUGCAAACGUAUGGGAAUCUUUCUCACGCACCUGGAAAGAGUCCAAGGAAGAUCUUACUGUUAGAAACAUCGAAGAGAACCGCAAGCGCGCUCAGGACGACAAGGCCAUGUAUGAACAGGCAUAUCAGGAACUUAAGAAGUCCGGCCAGUUCAACUUUACCGUUGUACCCAACAAGGCUCUGACAUCGCCUCGUCUCGGUGGAAACAGCCAAUUCGGCUCGCCUGUACGCCAGCCUUUGACUUCUCCCCGUCAUGCUGCCGCCUAUGCCCACCUACGCCCAGAUGCCGAUUUCCCUUACCCGCGUGACAACUCGCUUGACUCAACCGUCGACCCUGCUGCACCACCGCAGCUGGCUGCUCUGUUCAAACGAGAUAGCGACCCGACUACAGAGCCAAAGUCCCCUCAACAUCUGUCUCCCGAGAAGCCUUUGAACAAACGCAAGUCAUUCUUCACCUUGCGCAGUGCUUCUCUUCGUGCACCUUCCUUGAGCUCUCUGAGGCGCGGUCGCUCCCGUGUCAAUCUGAGUGAGACUGUUGUACGCUCUUCGGAAGACAACUACAAGAGAACUCCGUCUAUGUCACCCGAGAAGCCUGUCCCUCACAACCACCUCACUCUCCAAUCAUUGCCUCGCAGUCAGUCUAAGAAGGAGCUGAAUCGGGCAGUGAAGUUGAACAAGCGCGUCAGUGAUCUCGAGGUCAAACUUGCCGACGCUCGUCGUGAGUUGAACAACGCCAUCACCAACGCCUCUCCCCUUCCGCCCCUUCCUUCCAGAUUCGAGAAGUUCACUCCUACUUCAAAAUCCAAAUUCACUAGGGCUAGAUUUGGUUUGAGCGGUAGCAAGUUACCUUCUCUUCCUUCAGAGAGCUUGAUCCAAGCAGAGUCUCUCGCUCAGGCCCAGAACACUCCCUCGCUCGUCAGACCGAAGCCUACUCACUCUCAAUCCUUUGACUUGACUCACCUCCGGAGCCCCGCUCAACAAAGAGAGUCCGUCAUUGUGCUCGACACUCCUCGCUCAGAGAUUCAGUCCUUCUUGCCUGUCGAUUACUACAAUCAAGCACCCAUGGAUCCAGCUGCUCUUGCCUCUUCCGAGGUCGCAGACCAAAGUGAAGCUGAGAACCGUACCAGUUUGGAUGACAAACUCAAAGCUAUCGAUGCUAGCAUCAAAUCAAGAACCAAAAGACUCCUACCAAAAAGCGCAAGAGUGCUUCCAAGGAUGACGGUCUUUACAAGCCUCCAGCAGACGAAGAGGAAGAUGAACUAG